ACAGGAAAGUAGGAAGUUGCUGAAUCAAAACAAUGAUCGAAACGCGGCUUUGGCAUUACACCUUUCUCAUAAUUUGCACCGCUUAAUUUACAUCAGCGAAUGUAGCAUUACAGGAAAUUGAUAGAUAAUUAAAUAUUAACUUAUCAGAUGUAAUACCCGUCUACCAGGCCAAGUUUAGCUCCAAAAUGAGCGAUGUUGUUGAGAAAACCCUGACAGCUCUCCCGAGCCUCCUGUCUCUGGAUUCACAGCCAGGAUCUGCAAAACUCUCCUCCUCGUCCAAACUAGGAGCCCUCAUCAGAGGAAUAACCGAGCUCACCUCCAAGCAUGAAGAAGAAAAACUUGUCCAACAUGAACUUGCAUCUCUCAAAGAUCAGGUGUCUUCCCCCAACAUAUCCAUGAGACAAAUGAAGGAGGCUAUGGUCAGAGCAAUCUACUGUGAAAUGCUGGGUUAUGAGGCUUCAUUUAGUUACAUUCAUGCAAUAAAACUAGCCCAACAAGGCAGUAUCUUGGAUAAAAGAGUCGGUUAUUUGGCUGUGUGCUUAUUUCUAAAUGAGAAUCAUGAGCUUCUCCUUCUCCUUGUGAACACUGUACUUAAAGAUCUUCAGAGCACUAACCUAAUUGAAGUAUGCAUGGCUCUAACAGUGGUCAGCCAGAUGUUUCCCAAAGACAUGAUUCCUGCAAUACUCCCUCUGGUGGAAGAGAAACUUAAUCAUUCAAAAGAAAUCAUAAGACGAAAAGCUGUUCUGGCUUUGUACAAGUUCUAUCUAAUAGCUCCAAAUCAAGUGCAGCACAUCCACAAUAAGUUUCGUAAGGCAUUAUGUGACAAAGACCCAGGAGUUAUGUUUGCCUCCCUUCACAUUUACUUACAGAUGAUCAAGGAUAAUCCUGAAGGUUAUAAGGACCUGACUGCUAGUUUUGUCACCAUCUUGAAGCAGGUGGUGAGUGGGAAAUUACCCAUGGAUUUUAAUUACCACAGUGUGCCUGCUCCAUGGCUGCAAAUCCAGCUUCUAAGAAUUCUGUCCAUUCUCGGAAAGAACGAUCAAAUGUCCAGUGAAAUCAUGUAUGAUGUUCUGGACGAGUCUUUGAAAAGAGCAGAGAUCAACCAUAAUAUAACCUAUGCUAUAUUAUAUGAAUGUGUGAAAUGUAUUUAUACAAUUUAUCCCAACUCUGACCUUCUUGAAAAAGCUGCCAAAUGCAUUGGAAACUUUGUGAUUUCAUCAAAGAUUAACCUAAAGUAUCUAGGAUUAAAGGCUCUUACUUUUGUCAUUCAGCAAGAUCCUAAACUGGCCCUGCAACAUCAAAUGACCAUCAUAGAAUGUCUAGAUCAUCCUGACAUCAUUAUAAAGCGUGAGACCCUGGAAUUGCUCUUUCGGAUCACCAAUGCUCAGAAUGUCACUGUAAUUGUUGAGAAGAUGUUGGAGUUUUUGCACCAGAGCAAAGAUGACCAUAGUACUAUUGAUUUGGUCGGAAAAGUUGCAGAAAUAGCGGAAAAAUAUGCGCCAGAGAAUAAAUGGUUCAUUGAGACCAUGAAUACAGUGUUUUCUUUGGGUGGAGACAUGAUUCAGCCUGAUAUCCCCAACAGCUUUCUUAAACUGCUUUCUGAAGGAUUUGACAGUGAAGAAGAAAACCAGAAGCUGAGACUUUUUGCUGUUGAUUCCUAUAUUUCAUUGCUUGAAGGAGAAAUAAAAAAACUACCUCAGCGUUUUUUGCAAGUUAUAAGCUGGGUACUUGGGGAAUACUCACAUUUAAGAACAGAUCUUGACUCAGCCAGAGUAAUUACUCUUCUUGCUAAACUACUCGACAUGAAGCAAAUGAGCGGUGAAACCAAGACAUGGGUCCUUAUGGCGAUGACAAAGCUUUGUUCUGGAGAGUCCAGUAUUUCAAUCGCUCAGUCAGUUUGUGAUGACUACAGUAGCUCUAUGGAUACAGUACUGAGACAGAGGGCGCAUGAACUGCAGCUCCUCAGUCAAGACUCAGCUCUGCGAGGCCAGCUGCUUACCCUGCACAGUGGGUCAGAGCCCCUCGAGGUGGAUUCCUCUUUGUCAUUCUUGGAUGCGUUUGUGUCAGAGGCUUUAGCUGCUGGCGCUGCUCCAUACAAACCUCCCCAUCAGCGGCAAGAAGAGCUUGCCCAGGAAAAGGCUCUGAGCCUGGAGCCCUAUGAACUGUCUCUGCCCAUCAACAUGUCCUCCAGCAGUCUCACAGGCAGGCAGUCUCCCACUCUCAUGUCUGUGAGCUCUGGGUUGUCAGGGGACAGCACUGAGCUCUCACUCAAAGGAAAUACAACUAUAUUGAAGCUGGAAGGAGUGAAGCGGGUAUGGGGAAAGGAAGGGUAUUUGUCAAGGAAGGAUCCUCUUGAAGAAGUCAUCCAAGUUGAAAAUCCCAGUUCACCCAGUCAGCCAACAGGUACAGGCGGGACACCCAGUGACACGCCAACCCCCAGUGCGACCCCUGAACCGGAGCACGGAAAACAGCAGCUGGCCUCUUCUCUGUUCAUUGGCCUGGGCUCCCAAACCUCUGUGUUCCUGAUGGGCAAGUCUGACCCCACGGCACAGCGAAUUAGAAGAAAAGUCAAAACUCCAAACUCUUCAAUGGCUGUCACUGAGAGAGGGUCUGUCUCUUCCACCUCCAGUGCUGUCGAUAACCUGCUUUGUAACAACAUACCAGAGUCAGCCAAUAUGGUCCAAGAAGUUACCUAUGAAACCCCUCCUCCUUACAAGACUGAAUUAGAUGCACGCCUUAAUGAAGACUUAAUAGACAGUACUCCUUCUCCUGUCCAGAGUAAUGGUGUGGAAACUACUUCUGAUAAGACUGAAAGUGAAAUUACUGAUAAACCCAGAGAUGAGUGUUCUAGUAUAAGUCUUCCUGCCAAACUCUCAGGACUGCCACAUUCGGAAGUUACAUCUUUGUGCUCAAACCAGACUGUGGAGCUGUCUGCCUGUCAUGUAGAAAAACAUGAUUAUGUAUUGCUAGUCAUUUUCAUCUCAAAUUCAUCUGACAGUGAUAUGGAGAAUAUACAUCUCCAAGUUAUCUCUGAACAACUUGAGGUAUCAUUAUUGUGUGAAAGCCCACUUCAAGACAUUGCAAAGCAUAGUAUGGCAGUGUGUCAAUACCUACUGAAUGUAAGGAGGCCUGUAGUUCAUUUUGAAGUGGUGGGUAUGCUUUCAUACCAGACUUCAUCAGAGAACCAGGAAGUGGAGUUUUCCUACAAGCUUCCGUUAACUAGUUUCGUCAGACCGUUGGAAGUAUCAACAGAACAGUAUGGGACGAUGUGGUUGGCUUUCUCCAAUGAUACAAAGCAGAACCUUGCUUUGGUCACUGAUGGACAGGACCCUCUGACUGACACCCUGGAUCUGCUGAAGAAGAAACUUGGUCUGCAUGUUGUUGAAAUUAUUGGUGUGGAAGGUAUAGUAGCUUGCAGACUGGUCCAGGAUCAGCCUUGCCUGCUACACUGUCGUGUUCAUGGUAGGACUCUGGCUGUCUGGCUGCGCUCCCCCAUCCCAGAGCUGCCUGACUGCCUCUUAUACCACUGUCAGAGAGUUUUAGAGGAGACCUAGGACCCUGCCAUUGUCUCUUUAUGAACUGUCAGACCCUUCACUGCUGCUAAGGGAGGUACCAGGGCUUAUGGAGCAGUAUUCACAUUGGCACAUUUAGCGUUGCAGUUUGUUGUUUUAACAUACUAUUACUGACUGAAAAUCUGACAUGUUAACAAAUAUUUAAACCAUUAGUUUUUGAGAAUUGAACUAUGGGAAGUGAACUGCAAAACAAGGCAAACAAUUAUGUCAUUUACCAAGUAGAAUUACCGUAUACAUUUUUUUUGGUUUUAUCCACUGUUGUCUUAUCUUUAUUGUCUUAACAGCAUAACCUGAAAAGGGCUAAUAAAUUAAUAUAAUCAAUAAAGAGAACUUAGUUGCAGUAAAAUUACCCAUAUUAUACACAUAAGUUAUGCAUUUUCAGUAAACCUUUUUUUUCUCAUAAAUGUUUAUAUUUUGUUUCUAUUACAUCACAGUCUUAAGUGUUUUCUUUUCAGCAGACACGACACUAAUCUUGUAAGUACAUAUUUACAAGAGGCUCCUACAUGUGUUGCAAAGUUGUUGAUGUUAUCUAUGCAUUUAUGUGUCCAUUCAAAAGAUCAUCAGGCCCUCCAUUUUGCUUUAAUGGCUUUUGAUGUCUCUAUUUUUGUAUGAAGGCAGUAUUGAGGGAAAAUAUUUAUUGCAUUUAUAUUAUUGUAUAAACAUUUUUUAUUGAUUUUCUUUUUUCCUUGUAGUGUCUUGGUUUCAGUUAUAGUUCAAUUGAAGGGAAUGCUAAAUUAGUUUUCUUCCAAAGCACAGCACUAAACUAACAACAUGUGUAAAACUUGGAUGCCUUAUGUUUCAGUGCAGAGCGACCUGUGGUAUAAAGAGGAACCCCAGUCUCAUAGGGCCUAGCACUACAUACUGCUAAAUUAAUAAACUGAUUUCU